AGGUCGACGAUUUUUUUGAAAAAUCCUUUACAAUAUGACAAAACUUUUGAUUGUUUUUUAGGGUAUUACUUGGUUCUAGUUAGGAUUAACAUUAUUUUACAAUAAAUUUGGAUCGAUUUUUUUUAUAUUUACAUGAAUUUUAAUUUUUAUUUAACGUUUUUUCGAUAUUUCCAAUUCACAUCGAUCUGACAUCGAUGUCAUUUAUUGUCGACUUUUGUGCCUAUUUUAACUAAUUGUCAGCUGUGAAAUUGUGGCGGCCAAAUUUCACAACAAAUCUAAAGACAAACAAAUUUCUGUUUUUCAAUUUUUUGAGUAAAUUUAAUAAAGUCAGCAAAAUGGCAUUUAAUAAGGAAUUUGUUGUAGCGAUACUAGAUAUUAGACCGUGCGCCGAUGAAAAUUUGAAAUUGAAAUCUGUGAAAUUAGUAUCAGAAAUUUUAAAAGAUAAGAUUUGUGCGGGUAAAAAAGAUUUCGUAUCAUUUGUGCUACUUGGUACUGAAAAGACUUCCAACGAUGUCAAUGAGCAUGUUUUUCCAGACAGUUAUAAUAAUAUAACACAAUAUCAGCAGCCACAAUGUCCUACCUGGCAAUUGCUUUUGAAUUUCUAUAAAUUUGUUAACGAGGAUGCUUGCGAUGAGGGGGAAUGGCUUGACGCAUUAGUUGUUGCAAUGGAAGUUAUAAAAAGGGGUGAAGAGUGCUUUAAGUUCCAAAAAUCAAAAAUACUCUUCUUUUACGAUUUCAAUGAUGUGCAAAAUUCUUAUGAUCUGUUUGACGUUAUCGCACAAAAUGUUGCUCAAACAGAAGUCGAAUUGGUCGUAAUAUCAGAGAAUAUACAAUAUGUCGAUAAUCCAAUUAGCGGCUUACCUAAAGCAAUAUUUCGAGAUGACAAAAAAAGCAAACAACAACUCAAAAAUGAGGACUACGCUUUGCAAUUGAUAACCAAUUGUAGUGCGAAGCUCUAUAAUUUUGAAGAAGCUAAACGUUGUAUAUUUAAAAUUACCAAUAAACGUCCAUGGGUUUGGAAUAGUAAACUAACUAUUGGCUCAGAGAUCAACAUCAAAAUAUCUGGUGUUAUUUAUAUGAAAGAUGAGAGCAAUAUCAAAUUGAAAAAGUGUUGGGGCCAAGAUGAUGAGCUGGUUUCGCGUGAAUUGAAAUCUUUUGUACGUGGUGCUGAGAUUGAGCCUACUGAAGCAGAACUCAUUGAUGGUUAUAUGUUGGGUUCCACACCAAUACCCUAUGAUGAAUCUUUGAGAGAAGAUAAGGAACGCUAUGAGACUGGCUUGAAAUUUGUUGGUUUUAUGAAACGCAAUUCCAUACCGGAAGAGUAUUUCUGUGGUGACUCAUUAUACUGGAUUGUGCAUCAGAAAGGUAUGAAUGCUUCAGCGCAGAAAUUGGAUGCAUUAGUGCGCGCUAUGACGAAUACAAAUAUGGCGAUGCUUUGUUGCAAAGUGUAUAGCGCUGCUUUUAAUACUCCGAAAAUGGUAGUUCUUUUGCCUAAUAAGUUGCAUCCCGAUAGGCCUGCCUCCCUUACAAUGGUUGAAAUUGCCUAUCAUUCACAGUAUCAGUACUUCCAAUUUCCGCCCCUUCGUACACAAAAAACGGUGUGCACUAAAGAGCAAAUCGAUGCCAUAGAUGAUCUAAUUGAUUCAAUGGACUUAACUAUAAAUACGAAAGAAAGUGAUGAGCCACGUAAUACAUAUCACUCCGAUCUGCUACCUUUCGAGUCGUUGGAACACAUUUAUGAGCAAAAUGUGUUGGAUGUUUUAGAAAGGAAAAUAAUAUCAAAUGCUAGUGAAGACGAUGAGCAAUUCGCUGAAAUGUUGGAUGAUAAAAAUUUCGUAGAAAUCUUCUGGAAAGUGCCGGAAAUGCGUGAAAAGAACGCAAAGCGUGCAGCAAAAGUAGUAAAAUCGCUAUUUACAUUAGAAGAAAACCUAUCGGAAAACAAAACAAACACAACUACUAAGGUUAAAUCUGAAUUUAGUCAUGCAAGCACUGCAACAGAUAGCAGUUCUGCAUUGAGUUUUGAUAGAGUUAGUGAGGAUACUCCAGCUCAAGAUUUUCGUCAACUAAUAAACUGCAUUGUUUUGAAAAUCGAAAAUCGUACAGAGCGUGAUGCAAAAUUUCAGAUUUACGCAAAACAAAUGCGCAAUGCGAUUUGCUCUUUACUAUUUGAAUCUAAGGGAAGUUUACAUUACGAAAAGUUGGAAGAAGCCUUUACAAUUUAUCGUAAAUACUGUUACGACUUCAACGCGUUUGAUGACUACAACAAUUGGAUUAGCGAAAUAAGAACACGAGUAGUACAAAGCGAACUUCAACAUUUCUGGCAAAAGGUUGUGGUUGAUAAAGAUUUGGGUCUUUGCUUUGUGAGUACGGAGGCGGAGGAAAGUAAGCAGGCGCUAAAGAAGUUUUAUGAGUUACCUAGUGAUAAAAUAUAGUGAAUUAAAGGUUUCGACUGGUUAAGAAAGAUUUGUUGCUGUUUAUGCAAUGCAUUUUAUUUUAUUAUAUUGUAAAAUGUUAAUAUUGCCUUUUAUGUAACCUAAAUUAAAAGGCUAGAAACCAUGUAUAUGCGCAUCUGAAUUUUUAAAUAUAUAUAUAUAUAUAUAUAUAUAAAUUAUAAACUUAUUGUUUUAUAAAGUAAUUUUUAUUUUUAUUUGUUAAUUAUAAAUUUAAGAAUGACGUGAUUGAAAGUUAAUUAAUAAAAGUAUAAAUGCUAAAAUUUUUUUUUUUUAA